AUGCUUCUCCCCAGAUGGCAAGAGACUCACAAGCGGGUCAUUGGCUGGCAGUCUUCGAACGUGAGGCUUGGAGCCAUAUGGCUACGUCAAGGUUGGGAUCGAUCUUCCGACAUCUUUCCAAAACCGCCACCACCUGCCAAGAAGGCCGCUGUAGCGCCUACUACUUCCGCGUCAAAGCCAACAGCCAUGAAGAAAGAGACGAAACCCGUUCUCGCCGUCAAAGAUGUUCGUUCCGAUUCCUCAUUCUUUUCUGCGCCGAAACCGAAAGCCAAAUUACCAAGCUUCAAGAAAGCCCUGGCGCCUGUCAAGAAGGAGCCUGAUCUCAAUGUUGCGCAACCGUCAUCGAUCGUUCCGUUCCAGGAGGCACUGAAGUCAAUGGGUAAAGGGCGUAGGGACUCUCCAGUAACGGUGUAG